AUGACAGACAAAACAAUGGGUUCGAAAUGUUGUUCAUCGUCAGGCACAGAAAAAGAAACGAAAACUCAAAAAAAAGUAGAGUAUUCACCAAAAACAGCAGAGGAAAGAUACAAUGCUCGACGAACGGCUAAACUUAUUUAUCCACCAUUAUCAUCAAUACCAAAAGAAGAACCAAAGCGUUCUUUAAGACCUGAUGGUGGUCUCUUAUAUGAACCAGUUCAUAUGGAUUCAGAAUUGAAUCAAAAUAAUAGCAAUUAUCAAAAUGAUAAAUCUUAUGUAAAAUCAGCUUUCACCAAUUAUCAUACUCAACAUAAUGAUGGUACUUUUACAGUACUUUCACAAGAUCCUACACAUCAUAGUCAUGUAUUUCAUCUUUAA